AUGGCCCCGCUUGCGGCACUUCCGCAGCAGUCUCAGCCACAAGCUCGCCCACUGGAAAAUCGCUCAUCGUCCUCUGAGACCCCUCUCCAACCACGUUAUCAAGGUCUCGCCGGAGAACCAGAUGCGGAUCUGGUAGCUCGGAUAGAAAAGCUAGAGCAGCUGUUGCAUGCAAAGAACCAGCAGCCAGAAACAACACCACCUCCGCUCAAUUUUCCUCAAUUGGAUUCAGAGGUACAAGAGACCCGGAGAUUAGGACCAGUGACAACGUUUACAACGGGCACCCUCAUCCCAUCCACUUCAGGACACGUCCGAUUCCUCCCCGUUACCUCCGGCCGGCGAAUUUUCAGUCGAGCAACUCAAGAGAGCCCAUUUCUAAGCCAGGAGAGCGCCAUGAUUGACACGCCCAGCGGUCCAUAUCCUUUUGGUGAACAUGAUGCUGAAAACAGACCUAAUCUCUUAGCAAAGCUCCCACCGACGGAGUAUUGCAACCAGUUAAAGGAUCUCUAUUUCCAUUCGAUUGCACCUCUCUUUCCUAUCUUACAUAGCCCUACGUUUCACGAACGGUAUCAUCAGUUUUCCAAGGAUCCAGAUCACGCCUCCCUAGCAUGGCUUGCUCUCCUAUUUACUAUCUUAGGCACGGCUGUUCUCGCACUGGAAAAUGACAGCCUCCUUCUUAAGACUCUCAGCCGCAAACAUACCCCUUGGGAUCGAGUCACGGAACUCUCAGAGCGGUAUUACACCGCGGCGAUGAAAUGCCUCGAAGCAGAUCGCUAUCUCUGGCGACACAACAUCUCAACACUACAGGCUCUACUGAACCUUAUAUAUGGGAUCCACCAUAGUCAUGGCCAAACAUGGACUCUUCUGGGUUUGGUUCACCAUCUGGCGCUGUCGAUCGGUUGUCACGUUGACCCGGCCACGUUUUCCCUGGAUAUUGUCGAAAUCGAAGAGCGUCGCCGCUGUUGGCUAGGCCUGACCAUGCUGCUCUGUAACCAAAAUAUGGCCAUCACAGGACUUGAUAUAUACCAGUCAGUGUUCUCGUCGCGUGUUCUGCCCCCAGCCGAGGUGUGGGAUGAGGACAUCGUACAGGGACAACCAGCACCCAUUGCAACCUCAGUAGGCAUCAAACCUGUCUCAUAUCUGGUUCGAAAAUCGCGCCUUUUUCAGAUAUCCUCCGAGAUCUGUAAUCCUGUUCUGGCUGCACGGCCGGACGAUCCGACAACCCUCCAACGCCUGGACGCGGCCAUCCAAGCCGAUUUAGACCCACUAGAGCAGAGUUACGCCUCGAUGCUUGGGGACAGCUCAUCGGUUGUUCAUACCAAUCUGCUGCUCAGUUUUUCCCAUCACCUAGUUCUUAUUCUCCACAGUAAUAUACUGAAUGAAGAAACCUUUUGUCUACCACAACAUAGCUGGUCGAAGCAUCGCUGCAUGAAAAGUGCACAGCGCGUCUUAGAACUACAUGCAGACUUCCACGGACUGCCCCAGUUCAUGCCCUUCUACUGGUACAUCCGUGGCCGAGGCGCUUUCCACGCUUUCCACGCCGCGUUCGUCUUGGUGCUUGCCCUUUCUAUAGAGCCCCAAAAACCAUGUACAUUGAACGAGGUGCGACUGCUUCACGAAUGCCAUGCUCGACUCGAGGCGUCAAAGGCGCAAAGUCAGCUGUGCACCCGGACAGCAACGAUUCUCGGCCAGAUACUAUCUAGCAGGUGGAUGACUACCUCGGCCCUGGUACCGGAUGGAUUGCCGAAUUCAGUUUCACAGGGCCCCAAGUCAAAUAGACAGAUGAAUCCCAUCAGCCAGCCCGCGGACCUUAGUAAUGGCCACGCAUUCACCUUGGAGAAUGUCGGCUUUCCCGGUCUGGUUCGUCAAAUCGAGCCACAGCAAUGGAUUAAUCCAAUGGACAUGGAUUGGGAUCAGUGGGAUCUGAUUAUGAAUGCGAUGGGAAGUAUAUCUUGA